CAGUGUCCUCUGAUCCUUCUUUACACUAUAUCCAGUCUGACAGUCGAGACUGUACCACAAGUUGAUCGGGUACUACAACUGGACGGCCAGUCUUUCAGACCGAACCUCACUAAAUCAAACUGACCAUGACUUCUGCUGUCAAUCCGGAUUUGGAGAGAGAAAGAAAGCGAGCCACUUUUAAUGGAGAAAUCCUCACCGAUUUUAUAUACGGGGGAGCUCAUAAAAAGCAGAGGAGGCGUGACAUACAGAAUGCAGUGUUCAGCGAUCCUGAAUACCAAACUUUGAAGCCAUGGGCAUUUUGCAGUCGAGAAGACCUGUACUCUAAUCAUCUACAGAAGGCCAAUAUGGCAAGGCGUUUACAGGAAACACUAAACAUUACAGACCAGGAGGAAGGCUUCAUUAUUAGGCAAUCUCUCUGUUCCAAUGAAUACUUUGGCCUUGGAGUCCAUGGCUUCAUGUUCAUUCCUACUAUACAGAAACUUGGCACAGAGGACCAGAAGAGAAAAUGGCUGCCACUAGCAAAAACUCUUAAAGUUGUAGGAACAUAUGCACAGACAGAGCUAGGUCACGGAACUUUCCUGAGAGGUUUGGAGACUACUGCAACCUAUGACCCUGAAACACAAGAAUUUGUGUUAAAUUCACCUACUAUCACCUCGAUGAAAUACUGGCCUGCAAAUUUGGGGAAAACUGUCAACUGCUGUGUUGUAAUGGCAAAGCUGGUUACACAGGGGAAAAGUCAUGGCAUCCAUUCCUUUGUGGUGUCCCUUAGGGACCUUGAAACACAUAAGACACUUCCAGGAAUUGAAGUCGGAGACAUUGGACCGAAGUUUGGCUUUAAUGAAAAUGAUAAUGGUUAUCUGAGGUUUCACCACGUCCGUAUUCCUCGAGAUCACAUGCUCAUGAGAUAUGCCAAGGUAGCAGAAGACGGGACAUUCACUAGUGCCACCAAUGAAGGAACAAUUUUAACGUACGGCACCAUGUUGUUUGUGCGGGCAAUGAUCGUGACAGGAACUUCCUCUACAUUGGCAAUGGCAUGUACCAUCGCUACAAGAUAUGCUGCAGUGAGGAGACAGACAGAGGUCAAACCUGGUGGGCCAGAGGCACAAAUCAUGGACUACCAAACACAACAGUACAAGUUGUUUCCACUGAUCGCUACAACUUAUGCGUUUCGCUUCACUGGACAAAGGAUAAAUGAUCACUACACAACUAUAAAUUCCAACAUAGAGAAAGGAAACCUGGAAAAUCUGCCUGAGCUUCAUGCUCUGACUGCUGGUCUGAAAGCUUUCUGCACUGCUGUGGCUGCUGAUGGUGUAGAGGUUUGUCGCCUUGCUUGUGGUGGCCAUGGCUAUUCACAUGCUAGUGGUCUCCCGAAAAUCUAUACAAGUGCAACAGUGGAAUGUACAUAUGAAGGAGAAAAUACAGUCAUGUACCUUCAAACAGCACGGUACUUAGUAAAGUGUUACAAUAUGAUGAAGGCCAAGAAGACACUUCCCCCCACCUUCUCAUACAUCACUGAUAAACUGUCAGGAAAGUCAGACCUCGACAGCAAGCUCAACUUUAACAGUAUCAUAGAGGCUUACGAACACAGAGCAGCCAGAUUAGUCAAGGCAGCUGCAUUGAACAUAAGUUUCUGGAUGAAGGCAGGCAAAAACCCCUGGGAAUCCACCAAUAAAAGCUCCAUACAGUUAGUCUGGGCAGCAAAGGCAUGUUGCCAUCUGUUUGUGGUGAAGACCUUCAUCAAUCAGGUGACCUCUAUUGACAUUGACCCUAACGUGAAGUCUGCUCUGACAGUGUUAUGCAGAUUGUAUGCUGUUAAUGGUAUGAUAGAGAACAUGGGGCAAUUUUCUCUGGAUGGGUUCCUGAAUGAGACCCAGAUCAACAUGUUGACCAGGAAGUUGUCCGAUCUUUUGGAGGAGGUGAGGGUAAAUGCCGUCACCUUGGUGGAUGCCUUUGAAUUCAGUGACAAUGAACUGGACAGUUGUCUUGGACGCUACGAUGGACAAGUUUAUGAAGCACUGUACAAGUAUGCAAAGUCUUCACCGCUUAAUGACACCGAUGUUCACAGCUCCUUCCAGAAGUAUCUAGCUCUGCUGAAAUACCAGGGUAGUAAGCUGUAGAGUCAAUUCAUAAAGUGAUGACAGCAUAACACAACAGCUGCCUAUUAUCCUGAAGAAUUGUUAACCUUCAGAUCUAUAUAAAACAGAAACAAAACUAAAACAUGACUCUGAGAUCAGACAGCUGGAGUCAAUAUCUGUUGAAAUUAGUGAAAAUGUGAUUGACAUAAUUCACAAGGACAAGAAUUUAUGAAACAGUCAAUAGCAGAUGUUGUUGAUUCCAUAACAGUUGUAGGGAAAUACUUAAAUUUAGAAUGAUUCUGAUCAAUCCAUGCAGAACCAGUGUAAUACAGAAUUCUCAUGUUUUUUGGUACAAUUUCUUCAUGUUGGUAAUGUCAAUAGAAUAGAAGUUCUCAUAACACAACCAGUAGAAAGAGUGUUUAAAGAGAGUUGCCAAAUUGACUACAGUACAUUGUUACCAUCUUGUGUGUUUUUUGGUCUAUAAAAUGUUUACUUUCUCGCCAUACUAUCUUCGACCUUAGUGUACAUAGAAUUAUAGCUGACUAAGUUGGUGGAUUCCUUACCAUCUCGUACACAAUGUAUUCACUGCUAGUACCCUCCACACUGGUCAUUUGUCUGAUGAAGGUGACCGUGUAGAUCUCAUACACUACAUACUUCACUGCUAGUACGCUCCACACUGGUCAUUUGUUUGAUGAAGGUGGCUGUGUAGAUCUCGUACACUACAUACUUCACUGCUAGUACGCUCCACACUGGUCAUUUGUCUAAUGAAGGUGACUGUGUAGAUCUUGUACACUACGUACGUCACUGCUAGUACUCUCCACACUGGUCUUUUGUCUGAUGAAGGUGGCUGUGUAGUUGAAACGACACACUCAUCUUUUACCAGUUGUGUUAUAAGAACUUCUAUUCUAUUGAAUUCUAAUGUUCUUAUGAAACUGGUGUAAAAAAAUUGUAUUGAUAACAUUAAAAUCAGCAUGUGAUAUACUUUGAUUUGUACUGAACAAAUGAAAAAUAUCCCUUUGAUAUUUGAUUCUGUAUAUUCGUAUUACUAUUACACAUAUUGUAAAGUAAUUUAUUUCUUUGAUUUUUCUCAGAUUUUUAGGUCAUCUGACCUGAAGAUGACCGAUGCAAGAUGUAGCUAUUGUGCUUCGUCCGUCAUUGUGCAUCUUUCGUAAACUAUUCCUUUUAAACACUACUGCUGCUUAAUGCUUGGGUAAAUUUCAACCAAAUAUGGUCUGAAACAUCACUGGGCUAGAGUAUAUUUUCUUUAAUUCAGAAAAUUACCUUGACCCCUAGGCACUUGGAUAAGGGGCCUCAAAAGGAAAAAUUAGACAAUAGUUUACUUCAUAGCACUACUCUACUUUAAUACCUGAAUGGAUUUGAUUCAAAUUUUGUCUUAAACAUCAUAAGGGGUAGGAAAUUAACCUUUAAAUUCAAAGUGUUGAUUUGACUGCAAAAAAUCAGGAACAAGGCCAUAAAAUUGGAUUUACUUCAAAAUCCUACUCUUCCUUAAUGCUGGAAUGGUCUUCAUUCCAAUUUUGUCUGAAACAUCUUGAGGGGUAAGCAGUUGACUUUUUUAUUGAGAAAGUUGAUUGGACCCUUAGGGACUUUUGAGCAGGGACCCAAAAGAGUAAGUUGGACAAUGUUUAGCUUCAAAACAUUACUCUUCCUUAAUGAUUAAUGGAUUACAUUAAAUUUUUUUGUCUGAAACAUCAUCAGAUGUUGGCAAUUGAUUCUUGAUUAAAAUACUAAAGAAGUAUAUUCAUAUCCUGCAAGAAGUCCAUCAUCCUUAAAUUUUGAGUCAAAAUUGUAGGUGUCCCUCGACUUAUUAUAGGUUCCACUUUAGUCUAUUAAUCCCUCCUCCCUCUAGCUUUGAUUCCCGGUGUUAUUGUCACUUCCUAUGCAAGUAGAUGUUCUGUUAG